AUGGCCCCCAUGGCAAAGAUCUGGGCAAGCGCAUCUCUCCUUGGCAUCGUCCUGUUCUGGAAUGCCCCACUUCUCUUCAAGUUGUCCGAUAACCCUCCAAGAUUUUCAAGGCAGAACAGCAACUUGACCCUCCUGAUCUGGAGUUGGCCCUUCAGGGCAGCCCCAAACCUGACCGGUGAUGUCUGCUCCAGGCUCUACGGCAUCACGGGCUGCCAACUGACCACAAACCGCCACCUGUUCAGCCAAGCAGACGUUGUGGUGUUCCAUCACUGGGAACUCCAGUACCAAAGACAGGGCCUUCCACUGUCCAAGGCCCACCCUUGGCAAAAGUGGGUUUGGGUCUCCCUGGAGUCUCCAAGCAACACCAAAGCCCUGGAGGGCUGGACGGGGAAGGAAUGGAACUGGGUCCUCUCGUACAGGCGAGACGCUGACCUCUUCAUCCCCUAUGGGGAACUGGUGCCUCACUCGCCGGAUGUGGUGGAGAUCCCCGAGAAAACCGGCUUAGUGUCCUGGGUGAUCAGCAACUAUCAGCACUCCCAAGCCAGGGCAGCGAUGUUCCAGAACUUGUCCAGGCACCUCAGAAUCGAUGUGUUCGGAAAGGCCAACAGGAAGCCGCUGUGCCCAGACUGUUUGCUGCCAACCAUCUCCAAGUACAGGUUCUACCUGGCUUUCGAGAACUCCAUCCACCGGGACUACAUCACGGAGAAGCUGUGGAGGAACGCCUUCCUCGCCGGCUCUGUGCCCAUCGUCCUGGGCCCCUCCCGCGCCAACUACCAGCAGUUCAUCCCGGCCAAUGCCUUUAUCCACGUGGAUGACUUCAGCUCAGCCAAGGACCUGGCCACUUUCUUAACCACCAUGAACGAAAGCCACUACCGGAGCUUCUUUGCCUGGAAGUGGAACUACACGGUCAGACUCCACCAGGACUGGCAGGAACGAUUCUGUUCCAUCUGCCGGGAAUACCCUCGCUUGCCCUUGGAGAAACUAUACCCGGACCUGAAGCGCUGGUUUUGGGAUUACUAGCGGCCUCAGCCUCUGAAGCCAGGGUUGUCUCUGGGGCAGCCGGACUGUCUGUGGCUCCUCUCCUGCCCCGGAGCUGCCCGCCUUUGGCACUGACCAGUUAAG